AUGGUCAAGAUUUUUGCAAUCGGCGCAACCGGUUGGAUUGGCGGCGACGCCGUGCACCGCAUCGCGACUGCGCAUCCCGAAUACGAGUGGACGGUUCUGGUCCGCUCCGCCGCCAAGGCCGCCGAGGCCGCCACAUACGGGCUGCCGCCUUCCACACGCUUCGUGACGGGCGACUACGAAUCGCGCCAGCUUCUCGCCACCGAGGCCGCGGCCGCCGACAUCGUCCUCAACAUGGCCGACUGCGACGAGGCGGCCGGCGCCCGGGUGCUGCUCGAAGGCAUGAAGGCGAACAAAGACCAGCCGGGCUUCUUCAUCCACCUGUCGGGCGCCGCCAUGCUGGAGUGGGACGACCAGGUCAGCGGCAAGUACGGCGAGGAGAGCCCCAAGGUCUACGACGACUGGGACGGCUUGCAAGAGGUUACUAGCCUCCCGGACGCAGCCAUGCACCGGCCCGUCGAGAAGAUCGUGCUCGAGGAGGCCGGCCCCGUCCGCACCGCCAUCGUCUCCCCGCCCUGGAUCUACGGGCGCAGCAGGGCGUCGCCCGUCGAGCAUAGCGCCGCGACCAUGACCAUCCCCAUGUUCCAGGCCCACGGCAAAGGCAUUUGCGUCGGCCAGGGGAAGGCGCGCUGGGGUACGGUCCACCUUCAUGACCUGAGCGAGGUGUUCUUGCGGCUGGUCGAGGAGGCGGCGAAGGGAGGGGGCGCCGCCACUUGGGGCCGGGAGGGCUACUAUUUCGUCGAGAGCGGUGAAGAGGCGCUUGGUGAGGUGAACGCGGCUCUGGCGCGGGCCAUGUUCGAGAACGGAUUGCUCGAGUCGCCGGAGCUGGACACGCUAGAUCGAGAGGCGGCCGAGAAGGUCACGCCGUUCGCGUUGGUGAUUUGGGGCUGGAAUGCGCGUCCGAAGGCCGUUCGGGCGAGGAAGUUGCUUGGUUGGAAUCCUGCUGUUUUGACCGGACUUUUGGAGGACGUGAAGGAUUGGCGUUGGGGGCCAGACAGCAACUCGAUCAAACCGUUUGAGUUGCCCAAGGGGAUGGUCCGUGGGACGGUACGAGAUAUGCAGAAAAGCAGCUGGGUGGUGGAAUUCUUCGAGAAGAAAUUUGGCCCAGGGUUGUUCGAGUUGGUAGAAGUCCGGGACAUCACCGAGGAUGGUGCAUUCAACCACUUUCUGGAAGGAGUAGCAGGGGUAGCGCAUGUUGCUUCGCCCGUCAGUCUGGAUCCGGAUCCAAGCAAGGUCAUUCCAAUUGCAGUCAAUGGCACUCUCAACAUACUCAAGUCCGCAGCGAAAGCAACGGAUGUAAAGCGCUUCGUCCUCACGUCUUCUUCGUCGGCAGUGACUGUCGCGAAGCCAGAGUCUCAGGAGACCAUCACCAAAGAUACAUGGAACGAAGAAGCUGUACAGAUGGCAGACAACCUACCAGAUGACCUGUCUGACUUGGAAAAGGGCUUCGUUGUUUAUGCAGCCAGCAAGGUCAAGGGUGAGCAAGCCAUGUGGGACUGGGUUAAGGCGAACAAACCUGAUCUGGUGGUCAACUCAGUGCUUCCUGGAGGAAACUUCGGCAAGAUACUGAGCCCUCAGAACCAGGGCUUUCCAUCGACAACUCUGCUGGCGUCGGCUUUGUUCAACAACGAUGAGAAUCUCAUCAAAGAAUUUGCUACAUCCUACCCUCCAGAAUGGUAUGUGGACGUCCAAGACAAUGCUCGGCUCCACGUUGCUGCGUUGACUCAUUCCGACGUCUCCGGGGAGCGUCUCUUCGCAUACGCUUCCCCUUACAAUUGGAAUGACGUACUGGCAGCCUUCCGCAUGGCGUUUCCGGAAAAGGAGUUCAGAGAUGAUAUCCCAGGACUAUGGGACGACUCGACUGUUUGUGAGCCUGCAAAGAGGGCCGAGUUCCUGCUGACUGAGAUGGGGCGACCGGGAUUCACUCCUUUGACUCAGAGCCUCAAGGAAACAUUCGAGGGCUCUUGA